AUGGCGUCCGAUCGCAUGGGAGCUCCCAAGGCUCACAGGAGUUCAGAAGGCUCCCACAUCCCCCCGAAACACUACUACGCCGAGAGAUCCACCGCCGCCGACGCUGCAGCCUCAUCCUUCUCCUCCUCCUCCUCCUCCCCCUCCUCCCGAAGAGCCGGCCGCGACGCUGCCCACCGAUCUGCCCCGGCUGCCCCCAAGAGACACACUCCCCAUUACGCCGUCCACCGAGAGUCGUCCAUCGAGCCCUUGCGCCCUUCCGGACAGCCCGCCUCUCAUCGCGACUCGAUUGUCUCCAUUGUCGACGACCCCUUUUUCCUGCGCUUUGACGACCACAACAUUGAGGCAGCCCUUGCGUUUGACUCGCGCUGGGCCACGGCCACCCUCGGCGACCCGGACGAAGCCGACGACGCAGCCGAAAAGGACGAAACUGUGGGCCACAUACACGACCAAGAAGAACUCACCUCUGCUGACUUGCCGCUCCGCGAUGACGACACGCCCAACCAGCGCUGGCCACCCCCAAGAAGAGAGUCGUUGAUAAUAGGACAUUCCUUGUACUGGCAACCACCAACCUCCGCCAUCAUGGAGAGCCUCAACAUCGCAGUCAUUGGCGCGUCGGGCGUUGGCAAGUCAUCCUUCGUCCAGCGCGUGCUAGGCCUAUCGCGACCUCCAAUCACAAACGCCUCGAGCGUGCGCAUGGUCGUUGACAAUGUCACCUACGGCGUCACCCUGAUCGAGCUGGACCUCGAGUAUUUCGAGCUGAACCCGUUGCAGCCUAUCCAGUGGCCGAAGCAGAUCAACGGCCACAUCGUCCCGCGCGUCGAUGGCGCCCUCAUUCUCUUUGAUGUCAUGAACAAGGAGAGCAUGAAAGAGCUGCCCCAGACCAUUGCUGCGUUGACCAAGUCUGGCCUUCCUGCAGUCCUCGUCGCCAACAAGUGCGACCAUCCAGAGAGCGAACGGCAAGUCGAUUCGCAACGCGUCGCAAACCACGAAUACUUCAAGUCGUGCGUCGGGGUGUUCAACCUCUCGACGAGCAGCCCAGAACGGGCCAGGGCUUGCCUAAACACGACGCUGAAAGCCGCCAUCGCUAAUCGCAAGGAAUCACAAUCGGAAUCUGGCAUGUCCCGCCGCCGUGCAGCCUCGGCAGCCAACCUAGAGGCCCACGACGGCUCCAACGGUCGGCCGCUAAGUCAGCACAGUAAACAUAACCGAGCGAGCUCUGAUUUGUCGCUCCUUCGAGGCGUUCCCCCUCCCAUCCCCGACCACCUGCGCGGCCCACUACCUGCAACCGACUUUGGUGGUGCGCCAUCCAGCUCGGGCUCCUUCGGAGCAUCGGAAACCAUCGAAGAAGAGUCUCAGCAAACCGUGUCGAGCCAGUUACGGACACCCGGCAUUCGUCUCGACCGCGGACCAGCCGACUCAUUCUUGGACAUGGAGGAGUCGGAUGGCGACUCGUUUCGCUACUCGGACGAGAUUCCCAUCCUGCAACGGAGCGAUGAAAGCUUUCUCGAGAAGCCGGCCAAGUCUGCCGGCGUGGCAUUCGACGAGCUCGUCGACCGGCUAAUUGCUCCGCGCAUGACCAAGGCCGACAAUAAUUUCUCCGACGUUUUCCUCUGUCUCUACCGCAAGUUCGCCGCGCCUGGCGAGCUAUUCUCGGCCAUUCUCAUGCGACUUGACCGCGUCAGAGAUGACAAGUCGGCGCAUCAUCUAUCCAAGACGGCGACACAGCUAAGGAUCAUAGAGGUCGUCGCCAAGUGGGUCUCCUUAUAUCCUGGAGACUUUGCACGGCCGGGGACACGGCGGGACCUGGAAGAGUUCAUCAGGCACCUCUCCACCGAGCCCAUCUUCUCGAUCGCGGCCCAGCAAAUCCGCCGACACCUCGAGCACAGCGUGGUGGAGGACGACGAUACCGGCUGGGCCAAGUCGGAUGAACUGGCGGACGAAGAGGGCCUAUCCAGAGACAAGACGCUAUCCACGCCCGACGUGUCCAACGGGAUGAUCAGCCUCAAUCUUGACGACGACAAGCCGAGCGACGAACGACCGUCGGGCAGCUCCGACUUCCCCCUCGUCGACAGGACCAGCAGCGUCGGAACACACGUCUCGUUCCACUCAUACGACGACUACGAGAGAGAAGCGGCGAACAUGGAGCCCACCGAUGUGCUGCCCAUGAACAAGUUCCGUUACCACAUCUUCAUGGACAUUUCGGACGACGACAUCGCCGACGAGAUGACGCGCAUCGACUGGGUCAUGUUCUCGUCCAUCCGCAUCAGAGACUUUGUACGGCACGUGAGCCUGUCGUUGGAUCAACGGUCCAAAUGCAAGAGCCUCAAGAACGUCAAUCGGAUGAUCAACCACUUCAAUCACGUGGCCAAGUGGGUUGCCAACCUCAUCCUGUUGCGGGACAAGGCCAAGCACCGGGCCCAGAUGCUGGAAAAAUUCAUGAACAUUGCGCAAAAGCUGCGGCGGCUCAACAACUACAACGGGCUCGCGGCAAUCCUCGCAGGCAUCAACGGCACCGCGGUGCACCGGCUGUCUCAGACAUGGUCAUUGGUGCCACCCGAGUCCCAAAAGUCGUUUGCCAAGCUGGGCAUUCUCAUGGGUACACAGAAGAGCCACUUCGCAUACCGACUGGCAUGGGAGAACUCGCCGUUGCCCCGGAUACCGUAUAUCCCACUACACCGGAGAGACCUGGUGUCGGCCGAGGAGGGGAGCAAGACAUUCGUAGGGCCCGACGGCGACAGGGUCAACUGGAAGAAGUUUGAAGUGCUCGGCGAAGUCCUGCUGCCUCUCAUGAAGAGCCAAGGAACAGCGUACCCGAACCUCUCGAAGCAUGAGGCAGCGCGAGAGCUGAUUUUGGACUGCAGAAUGCCGACAGACGAAGAGGAGAUCUACCAACGCAGUGUCCAGGUCGAGAGCACUGCGGGGGGCGGGACCGACUUCAGCAAGAAGAAGUUCCCCUGGUUUGCCAAGUAG